AUGCUGCACAAAUACAUACUGGGUGAAGAGAGCCCCAAAACAUUUUCUGGAGGCAAAACAAGUGAUUUUGGUGCACUAAAAUCUCAGCAACAGCCAGUGACAUGCUCUGGCACCUUAGAAGCUAAUGGCGGAUGGGUUAGGGUUCCUUCGAACCCUCGAGACAGGGGCGCUCCCUUUCCAAACUCUUUGAAAGCCCCAGUUACCGCUCAGCGCUGUGCGCUCCGUCUGUGGGAAUCCAGCCGCACAGAGCGUGGCGCGCUGACGCACCGCCGUGGCGGACUCCUCUGUGGGGCGGGACUGGAGAAAGUGCGCUCCGGCUGCGGCUCCUGCGGCCCCAGCCAGCAAGAUGCACCUGGGAUUGCAUUUUGCCCAAGAAAAGCGGACUGUGGUGAUGCUCCGAAGCUCCUUCCCAACCCUGCCGCUGCGGAAGUUGGGGACUUCGGGGAGCUGAAACUUUUAUCAGUGCUAAGAACGCCCACAGGCUGCGUCCCUGUUAGCCUCCUCUUGCCUGCUUCUGGCGUCACCGUUGGAAGGGGCCGGGAUGGAGAGAGAGGAUUCCUUGGAGGAGGAGGCCAAGCUUGGCAGGUGCAAAAUGAUCGACACCUCUUGCACGAGCUAGGCUUGGAGCGGGGCUUCGAGUGUGGCACCGUUUUCCUGGCUCGGAUGAGCUGUCUGUGGGGAAACAAAAAGAAAACAUCCUUUGAUUUUUGUUUUAGUGUGGAGGCGGGGCUUCUAUCUCAGAACAAUGGCAGUAAAUGCGUCUCAGACUUUGCGGACGGGGUUGGCUUCCCAGGUUUUCUUUCCUUGCCUUUUUGGUUAGCAGGGAGUGGCGUCCUGGGCCAGCUUCAGGUGCAGGUGAUCGAUCAGAACACAGGCCAACUUCUCAUACCUUCAGAAUUCCUUUCAAGUGUAUCUAAUGUCUCCUUCCUCCUCCUACCUUUUCUGUCUUGCUUGGCAUCACCCCACAUCCUUGGACCCCACCCCUUUUGUUUUAUUGUACAGAGCACCAGGCUCUCCUGCCAAGACCAGCACUUUGCAGGGGGCCAGGAGGAUAAUUGCCCCCAUUCCACCUCAACGUCAGCAUCCAGUGUUGACGUUUCCAGGGAAACUUGGGUCUCUUUUUGGGCUGCUGGUCUCCUGGACAACAGAGAGCAGCAACAAGAGCCACAGGCACAGGAACAAUGCAACGAUUUGGACUUCUUGGUCCAUGAGGACUAUGCUGGGACAGGGAAUCAACUCUCCUCUCAACUCUACAGAAACAAGCAGCUCCAAGACACCCUGCUGCAGAAGGAGGAAGAACUGGCUAGGUUACAUGAAGAGAACAACAGCCUCAGACAAUACCUGAAUUCGGCCCUGGUGAAAUGUCUUGAGGAGAGAGCCAAGAAACUGCUGAUGCAAAGUGUUCCUACCAAAGUCUACGGAUGCAUGGAGAGUGGAAAGAGGAAACCAAGGGAGAGAAGGUACUCUGCCACGGAUACCCCCCAUCCUAAGAAUGCCAAGAGAAAGCUUUUAAGUGAGUUUGCUGCCUGUGAGGGGCUGCCAAAUCCAGCUGUGGACUCCUGGGUCCUGAAAACUCUCGGAUUGAAAGACCUUGACACCAUCGAUGACAGUGUGCCAGCUAACUACAGUGCCUUGAUCUCUCCACCUGAACGACACACAUUCCCACAGUUUCCAGCUGAGGAGGCCAGCUAUGAACACAGUGGCAUUGUGGGUCUGCCCAUUCCUUAUGAGAAUGGUCAGGCGACACCCUUGCACAACACAGGCAGACCGCAGGCAGAAGACUUGGCCUUUUUCUCUGGGGUACCCCACCAAGCAGGUGCUUUACAAACCCUGCCUAGCCUUUCCCCUACCCCUUUCCCUUCUUUUAACUCGCCCGCUUAUAGCCCUGAUGUCUCACCCAACAAGACUGAUGUGGUCUUUUCCACAUCCCUGACUCCCCACUGCCACGUGAAAACCCAUUCCUUCCAGCAGGGACAAGCCUUUGUGCGGCGAGAUGAAGAAGGCUGGAAGUUUACCUGGGUCCCCAAACAGUCUUAGGAAACCCCAGCCCCCAGCGUCACUGCUGACCACUGCCACAAAGCUGCUGCGUGUUUACAAGGAGCCUUCUCACACUGGACCCUCACCUUUGGGGCCUGGAAGGAAUCCUGAACAUUCUCCCCUCCUCCCCCCAACUUCUCCCCUUUGGUCCUUCCCCUCGGGGUCUCUAGGCAAUAGCAAAGUGCUGUCAGACCCACACUGAAGCCUCCCCAUGCCUCUUCCACGUGCUCCUUGGCUUGUUGACACAGAGACACGUAUGGGCCACUUCUUCCCUUGGACCCUGACCUUGCGAAGGUAUUUUCUUCCCAGUUGUCUACAGGUCGACAACACAAGCACACUGCUCCCAUUCUAACCAGUCUGACUACUCCUCGCCUUUAGUUAAGCAGUUUGCACAUUUGUGGUUUUGCCUUUUGUUCUGAGCUUAUUUCUCCCCAAGUUGAAUGGUCGAAAGUGUUCAAGUAUGUGGACUCUGUUGGGAGGCCAUUUGUCUCCCACCAUCAUCUAUCUACUGAGGCCCAACAGGGCCACCAAAGAGCCCCAGACAAAGGGUAGGCAGCAUGCAUGAAGGGUGUGCUCCAGUUUACUGCUAGGAAUGGGGAAGGCCUGUGUGUCUUAAUAACCAAGGCCAAUAUCUCAUCCAGCAUCCACACCAUGGACAGCAGCCACCCCAGACUCUCGCCCAGGGAUGCUGAUUAGAUCUGCAAGCAUGCCUUCGUUGGCUUCUAAGAGGAUCCCAGGAUUUUGCCUCCAAAGAGGGUUUGCAUAAGCCACUGGACAUCCCUCUUCUAUCUUAGCUAGUACAAAAGAAAACUGAACUCUCUUGCUCCUUUCUGAGUCGCUACAUUGAAUAAAAAAACAGUCUUUGUAUAUAGUGAACCAUAGAUUCUUACCUUUUAGUCAGAUAAAUUAUAAGCUUACGAAAAAAGUAAUCUGGAGAAUAAUACUUAGUAUCUCCAUCCCAAUACAGACCCACUUUCCAAGCUAGGUCAGCCUCUAAUUUCACUCUGGACUGAAGAGAGAAUUCUUUUUUCUUUUUUCUUUUUAAUUUUCUUUAGUCAAUUUAGAACAUUAUCCCUUGGUUACAAGAGUCAUAUUCUUUCACUGCCCCCCCUUCCCGUAGCCAACACGCAAUUCCACUGGGUUUUACAUGUGUCCUUGAUCAGAACCUAUUUCCAUGUUGUUGAUGUUUGUACUAGGAUGUUCAUUUAGAGUCUACAUCCCCAGCCAUAUCCCCCUCGUCCCAUGUGAUCAAGCAAUUGUUUUUCUUCUGUGUUUCUACUCCCACAGUUCUUCCUCUGAAUGUGGAGAGUGUUCUUUCUCAUAGAUUCCCUCCAGGUUUUUCAUGAUCACUGCAUUGCCACUAAUGGAGAAGUCCAUUACAUUCGAUUGUGCCACAGUGUAUCAGUCUCUGUAUACAUUGUUCUCCUGGUUCUGCUUCUCUCCCUCUGCAUCAAUUCCUGGAGGUUGUUCCAGUUCACGCGGAAUUCCUGCAGUUCAUUAUUGCUUUGAGCACAGUAGUAUUCCAUCUCUGUCAGAUGCCACAAUGUGUUCAGCCAUUCCCCGAUUGAAGGGCAUCCCCUCAUUUUCCAUUUUUUUGCCACCACAAAGAGCACAGCUAUGAAUGUUCUUGUAAAAGUCUUUUUCCUUAUUAUCUCUUUAUGUACAAACCAAGCAGUGACUGGAUCAAAGGGCAAGCAGUCUUUUAGCAUGAAUGGAGAAUGAUUAAACAUUCAAAAAAGACAGUCCUUUAGGAUGAUGCUAGGGAAGUAUGCACUGAUUAUCUUUAAAUUAAAAUUUUGUGGCCUGAUAACUUCCCUCUCCCUUUACUUAUUCAUUUGCAAUGACUUUCAGGUUUUUUCCCUAUUCUUACUUUAUUUGUACUUUUCAGAAAAUACCAGAUUUGUAGAGGAAAAGGUAUUUGUUGUCUUGAAGGUAAAUCUUUAAGGCUUAUUUAAUAAUUUGGCUUGAUGGUGGCCAUUAAUUUUCUCUCUCAUGAAAUAUGUCAGCCAAUAAAUGAACUUCCAGAAUAGAAGCUAUAAGAGCCUCUGAACUUUUCAGAGUUGAAGCAUGUUUAUUGAAGAAGCUAAACUUCAUUCACUUUUCAAUAUCUAUUUCUAUCUGAUUGAGAAUUCUCAGAAAAUUCAAGAUAUCAUGAGCAAUAUAAGUCUUUAUAUAGAAUUGGGGAACUCCCCAGCAUCCUUGCAUUUUUAUGAAUAAUUUUGUUAGGGAAAAAGAAAGAAAGGAGAAUUCCUUAAUAAGUAACUUUCUAAAGAUAAAUUAAUGAGGAUGAAAGCAGAAAUCAAGAAUAAAACAAGGUUAAGAGAGAGGGUAAUUCUUGGAAGUGGUUGUGGAGUUUCUUGAAAAUCUUAACAAAAGUCAAGUAUUGAUUUCACACUGAUAAAUGAUUAUUUAGCACAUGUCCACUGCAUUGAUGUAGAAAGAAGGAAACUGAGUUACAAUCCAUGAAGUAGCUUUUUUAGAAAAUAUCAUGUAUAGCUUUUGAAAUUAUUUAAGAUGAUAUCAGAAACAAUUUUCCCCUCAUGGAAGAAAUUAUGAACAAAAAAAAAGAACAAUCAUGGUAAAGUAUUCUAAGUUGACACCUAUAGAGUAAGGUCUGAAUAACACAAUAUCUUUGUUUUGGUUUCAAGAGUCAACUGGUAGGGAAUAAUAUAUUCUGAAUUUCAUGCAUGAAAAUGAUUGAGAAAUUAAUUUAUUUUUAACUCAAAACAGUAGAAAUAAAUUGAUAAAUGACAAGAUAUUCAAACUUUAUCUGAGAAAAACUUUAGCCUGCAGAUUUCAAAUGAUCUGAGAUCUUGAUAAAGUGAUCAUAUAAAGAUAUAUCUUGUGACCCUAUCACCCUCAUGUGUGGCUUAUAGCUAUAUCCUUUUACAACAAUGAUGGCAAAACUUUUAGAGAUCAAGUGCCAGAAUUGGAACAUUCACAAGGCCUGUGAGCCCCUUCCCCCACUUAACCCCACACAGGGGAGGGAGGAAGUAUUCUCAUUGAGCUGUUGGGCAGAAAGAUGAGGAGCACUGUGGUCCCAUGUCCCCCUGUCUAUGGUGAACUAUGUUCUGGGGUGGGGACAACAGAGUGCAUACCUACAGAGAGGGCUCUGAGUGCUCCACUCUGGCAUGUGUGCCUUAGGUUCAUGACCAGGGUUCCCAAAGUUCUCCAAGAUGAGUCACCAAAAGAUGUAGGUGGCCUUCUUCCAGAUCCAUUAUUACUGGCUAGACAUUAAGAAAGAACAAAGACUACCCAUUGCCUCUUCUCAUGUUUGCCAUCCCUCCCAGGGACUAAUUUUAUGAUCUUUAUUUCUAGUCCCAUCGAACUACAAUAGUGAAGUGGUCAUUUGAGAUGGUCUGAGAUGGUUAUUUUUACAUGGUUUGUCAUAUUUUGUAAGCACAUUUUUUUCUUUAGAUUUGAAUAUCUAUUAAAUUAUUUAUAUUUCUCAUAUGUGAAAUAUGGGCUCAUUUUUUUAGAUUAUUACCUUAAGCAUAUGGCAUAUUUAUACAUAUGUUUACAUAUGCCUACAUGUGUAAAAAUAUACAUAUGUAUUUUUUCCUUUAUCAUUCAUUAUUAAUUUAUUUGGAUUUCAAAUUAUAAUUCCUCUAAAGGUCUGAGAGUUACAUUUAGGUGGAAAGCAAUGCUCUCUAAUUUCUGCAAUAAAAGGUCCAGUCUAAUCCCUUAACUAUGGAAUCAUUUCUUUGUCAUCUGUCCUAUUUGAAAUAUGAUUUUUCACCCUCUCUCCAUUAUCAUUUGGUGCAUUUGUAGUCAGUUGGAAGGAAAAACAAAUUGUGAAAAGAGCCUUCAGCAAACCCUCUGCUUUUCAUGUGUAAAGGGAGGGGUAGAGGUAUAUCCUAGAUUCCUAAAAGCGUUUCCUGGCGUAAAGCCUAUGAGAAUGAUACUACAAUUGGGUGGGUGAGAAUUCAUCCUUAGAUAAAGACUGAAGGGCUGCAUACUUUUAAAUAUGCCAAGAAAUCUAGGGCAGGUAACCUAGGGCUGAGGAUUUUUUAACAGACAUAUUUUUAAAAGUUUGUAAUCCAAUGUGUUAUGAAAUGAGUAAGAUCAUUGCCUUAUAUCUUAGAUACAAAUAUGGCUUUAAGGUAAAUGCUUACUUUCCUUAGAAUUUACAUCUAAAAGAGACCUUAAGAAACAUCUACUCCAAUCUCCUCAUUUUACCCCUAAAGAAAAAAGAGAGAGAGACAGACUGAGUUUAUGUGAAGUGAAGUGGUUUUUCCAAAGUCACCCAGGUCUUCACACUUGUAAAAUCGGUGGUCCUUCCAUACACCAAGGUUCUGAUCAGGACCUUGAGGCCUCUGAUUUUUGAUCACUAUUAUAUUCCUGUAAAAUUGAGACAUGCAUAUUUUUGUUUCAUCUAUCAGGAGACUCAGAGGUCAUGAGUCACCUUUUUCUUCCCCAAUUCUAAUAAAAUAUAACCAACCCAUAACACCAGCUGCUGUAAAUGUUGUAAAUAGCUCUCUUAACAUAUUUGAUUCAUUUUGAGGCUAAUGGAAUUUUUUUUUUCCUUAUGUGGCCAUAACAGUCAAUACAACUGUAAUUUCUUGUGUUUAGUGUCCUUAAAAUGUGAAAUACAAAUUUAAUUUAAUACUGUUUUGUAUAGUUAUGAUUUGUGCGUAAUAUUAAAAGUCUCUGAUUAUAUGGAGUCAAUUUUGUAAUAUGUUACAGCUAAUAAAAACAGAAAUUACACAA